AAGACGCUUUGUGUCUGUGUCUUUAUGUCAUAUCAGCUGAUUGCGUCAUUAUUAUUGAGAUUGUAAAACAAUAACGCAAAAACAAAAAAACAAGUCGCAUUUACGUAUCAAGAUACGAAAUUUGGAAAUUCGUUGUUAAAUUUUGAAAAUGAAGUUUCAAUACAAAGAAGAACAUUCCUUUGAAAAACGUAAGGCGGAAGGAGAGAAAAUACGCAGAAAGUACCCUGACCGAGUGCCUGUAAUUGUAGAGAAAGCUCCCAAAGCAAGGCUUGGCGACCUCGACAAGAAGAAAUAUUUGGUCCCGUCGGAUUUGACUGUUGGACAAUUUUACUUUUUGAUCCGAAAACGUAUUCACUUACGGCCCGAAGACGCAUUGUUUUUCUUUGUUAACAACGUAAUUCCACCCACAUCUGCCACGAUGGGAUCUCUGUAUCAGGAACAUCAUGACGAAGAUUUUUUCUUGUACAUAGCAUUUUCUGAUGAAAAUGUUUAUGGAUAUUAAUUAAGUUCUUCUUAAAAUAAUAAUCUUUUUAAUUAAAUUCACUAAAUUGGUAGUAUUUUGUCCACAAUAUGGUGAAAUUAGGUGUAAGGCUUAAGAAUAUUGGUGUAUUAUGUUUAUAUUGUGAUAAUUAAUUCUAUUUUGCAACCUUUCCUCACUGACUUGUAUAUUAUGCAUCAUUAGUUUUAGACAUUUAACAUUAUCACGAAUGUGAACUUUAAAGAAAUGUUUAAAUCAUCUAUAUUGUGUGUACUAUUUCUGAAAUAAAGAAUAAACUAUCAUAACAAGUAUUAAUCAAUUUUCACCAACCCGGUGUUCCAUAAACUUCUUAAACAAGUUUUCAGACCAAAAUUGUAUGUUAAGUCAACUUUGAAAUACUAUUAUCUACUCUCCUAUAUUGUUAAAGCUAGUAGCUAAUCAACCUGUGUUUCCUUGUAACCAAACUUAAGAUGUCUUUUUGAAUCCUGUUUAACUAACAGGAUUCAACUACUAUGCCCUAAGAUAUUAUACAAUUUUAGAAUUUUUGUUACAGAAAGUAUGAAUAUGGAAAUUAAAUAUAAUCUGUAAGUAAAUUAUCAGUCAAUUACCUUCUGUAGUAUAAAGUGGUACUAUGACCUUCAACAAGGAAUUAUACAGAAAUUGUUUAUUAAAACCUAAACAUACUAUUCAAAUAUACAGUAUUUGCAUGUCUUAGAUAUUUGUUUUGAUUACAAAUAGUAAAAUUUAAGUUCUUUAUUAAAACAUGGCUAAGUAAGAUUUUUUAUAAUGACAUUGAUGGAAACAUUAACCAUCUAUUGAAAUGUAGUUGUAUAUUGAUACACUAGUUUAAAGCAACCUUAAUUUUACAAUGGCUUUGUUUUGUCAGACCUAUAUAUGAAUAAUUUUUUGCGUUGUAAUCAAAGAAGAGAUCCUAAUCCGUCACUAUUUUGUUCCAUUAAGAAGAAAAAUGAUCAGCAAAAUAAAAAUAUGUAUGAAGGUGUA